AUGGCUGCGAAUCACGUGGAUACCGUCAUCGUCGGCGGGCAGAUCGUAACCUCGUCACAGGUGUACGAAAGUUCGAUCGCGGUUUCGGGCGGGAAGAUCGUCGCCAUCGGUCCCGAAAAUUAUCUGCCCCCGGCCGACCGCUACAUUGACGCCGCCGGCAAGUUCGUGCUGCCCGGCCUGAUCGACAGCCACGUGCAUCUGGACGGCCACGACGACUACGCACUGGGUUCGUUGGCCGCGGCUCACGCCGGCCUGACCACCCUGGUGCCCUUCGGGACCUACCAGCUGGAGGGCGACGAGACGCUGCCGCAGGCCGUGCACCGCACUCGCGAAACCAUUGAGCAGAACGCGCUCACCGAUUUCGCCUUCCACUUCAUCCUGCAAAACCGGCCGAGCAUCCUGUCUGGGUUGCCCCAGGCCAUCGACCUCGGCGUCAAAUCCUUCAAGAUGUUCAUGACCUACAAGAAGCGUCCCGGCAGGAUGUGCGACGACGACUACAUCUGCGAGGCCAUGGACCUGGUGGGCCGUGGUGGGGGCGUCCUGCAGCUCCACUGCGAGAGCGGAAACAUCAUCGAGUACCUGGAAAACAAGCUGUUGGCGGAGGGCCACACCCAUCCCACGGAUUUCCCCACCGCGUGCCCGGACUGGGCGGAAGAAGAGGCCAUCAACCGGGCAGUCAAGAUGAGCGCGGCCACACGUUGCCCCACCUAUGUCGUCCACCUCAGCACCCAACUUGGCCUGGAGCGCAUCAAACAGGCGCAGAGCCUGGGGCAGCGCGUGUGGACGGAGACCUGCCCCCAAUACCUUCUGCUAUCCGACGCCCAAAUGGCGGAGCGCGGCCCGCUGGCCAAGAUCGGCCCGCCAUUGCGGCCCGACGACGGUCCGGAUCGUGACGCGCUUUGGGAAGGCUUGCGACAGGGUCACGUCUCGAUAGUGGCCAGCGAUCACUCACCGCAUCCCCAGGAACUCAAGCAACCGGGCUGGGACAACAUCUUUGUUGACGCCAACGGCAUGUCCGUCCCCUUCGGAUCGCCCGGGAUCGAGACCAUCGUGCCGCUGAUGUACAGCGAGGGCGUGGUCAAGCGCGGCCUCCCCAUCUGGUGGCUGGCCCGCGUCAUGGCCGAAAAUCCGGCGCGCAUCUUCGGCAUCUACCCGCGCAAGGGUGUUAUCCAGGUCGGUUCCGAUGCCGACUUUCUCAUCCUGGACCCCAACGGCGACCGCAUCGUCACGGCCAGCGACCACCACAGCAACGCCGGAUACUCCCUGUUCGAAGGCUGGCGCGUCAACGGUCGCCCGUGGAUGACCAUGCUGCGCGGCCAGGUAUUGCUGCAGGACGGCGAGCUCCAGCAGAACCCGGGCUAUGGGAUGUUCCUGGAAAGCGGCGAACCCCGUGCCCCAUUGGGCGGCCCGGUGAGUUAG